CUCUCCUCGGACAUCACACUAAUAAACUUGCGAUUUUUAUUUGAAAAACUAUGCGAUUUAAUUCGUACCAUCGUACCAGUGAUAGUACCCAAGAUGGAAAGUAAUAGGGUUCGUGAUAUCGGGGCCCUGCUCUUCUGUACGCGGAAAGAAUUGCCCUGUCGAGAUAACCGUAAUACUCACUUAAUUUAUAUCUAGGGUGAUUUUUUCUACUGGUACCGCCUAUAAAAGAUGAGCAGCUUUGGGGAUAGGCAGUCAGUGUACUUCGUACAUCCGCCGAUCGACCAAGUACUAGCAAGAUGUUCUUCUCUGGGGCUGUUGUGAUUCUGCUCUUUGUCAAUGGCUCUUUGGCCGCCUCCCGGGUGGCAAAAAGAAGCUAUUUUGACAGUAGUAGUUAUGGAUAUUCCUACGACGGUUUCGGCCAUAGUGGACUAGGAUCUGCCAGCAGCAGCUACUCGUCACCAUCAGUAACAUUCAGCGUAGCAAAACCCCACGGUCCGUCGAUAUCAUCGGCAGAUAUCGCAUCAGCAAUCCAGGCCGCCAAGGAAGCCUCGGCCAGCGUGAUGGCCGCCCAACGUCGAGUCCAGGAGGCCAAGGAUGACGUGCUCACCCAACAACACCUGGCCACCCAAAAGCAAGCAGAUGCCCAACUAGCCCUUCAGAAAACUGAAGCAGCGGCCGCCGUACAACAACAGGAAGCGAAAGCCGCCGCCACUGCUUUGGUCAGAGCUCAGCAGCGUCUCGCUCAGGCCAAGGCCGAAGUCUCAGAAGCUCAGAGGGCAGCGUCUAGCAAAGAGGCUCAUGCCGCCGCUAUCAUUCAGAAAAGUGCCGCGGCAGCUGCUCAUGAAAUUCAAAAAACAGAUGAUGUAGCCAGAAAAAUCCAAUCUAUCCAAUCGUCAGGCAACUCCGCGUUGCGUCAAGUAGCAGCUGCCAAACAGGGUUCUUUGACAGCUGCGUCCGCAGCCGUGGCAGCUUCGGCCCACUCCUCCACCUCCGACGAGACUGGAGGUUCUCACCCAUCGGCCGCCGGUCCUUGGUUCGGACAGAAGGUCGUCCAUUUGCAACCUUGGGGCUAAGUUUGACUCUCCCUAUAGUAUUUUCCUUGUUUUCUACAUGUAUAUUGUCAUAGGAAUCGACCUCCAAGCUUCAACUUAGUCAUUUAAUAAGUACACGCUACAAAUUAUAUUGUAAAUGUAUUAGUUUAAGUUUGUUUUGUUGUUAUAUUUGUAAUACGUUCCUAGGUUUAGUAGCUUUUUGUACGUUUAUUUUAUGUCAGCUGAAAAAAAAUUGGUAAUGUA